AUGUUUGGCCGAGUGAACAGUAACGCUAGCAGUGAAACAGUUGUUAAUCAUUUGACAAUGACUGCUGGUAUUAAAAGUUAUCUACUCGCACGAGUAAAUUACUUCACCCCUGCAUGGUUUGCUGCCGUCAUGGGUGUUGGUAUCUCGUCAAUCAUAUUAUACACUUUCCCAUUUAAUGCCAGAUGGCUGAGAAUCCUGGGUGUUAUUAUCUGGGGUUUUAAUAUGGGCUUGUUUGGAAUUGCAAAUAUUUUAUUUGUUAGCAGAUUCCUUCUUCAUCCUGCUGCUUUUGCACAGCUUCUUCGUGAUCCUACCCAAAGUGUCUUUUUGGGUUGCUGGCCCAUGGGCUUUGCCACUAUUAUCAACAUGACUGAUCUUCAGUUUGGCAGAGAUGCAUGGAAAGCUACUUAUGCCAUGUGGUGGAUUGACGUGUUCGUCUCUUUAUUUACUGCUUGGUAUGUUGUUUUCUGUAUGUACUCCAAGCAUGAUCGCAAGUCAACUGAAUCUAUUAAUGCUACUAUUCUUCUUCCUGUCGUUGCAGUAGUAGUUGCUUCAUCAACUGGAGCUCUUAUCACUGCCAAUCUUCCUAAGCAGCUGCAAGAGAGUACUAUCAUUAUCACUGCUCUGUUGUGGGGUAAUGGUGAACUCCUCGGUUUCACCUGUACUGCUAUCUAUAUUCACAGAUUGUUAAGGAGUAACCUUCCUCCUAGCCAAUUGGCCAUUUCUAAUUUUCUUCCUGUGGGUCCUUUGGGUCAAGGUAGCUUUGGUAUCAUUAUUAUCACUUCUAAUUUAGCAACUCUUCUUGCUGAAAGACAAGUUCUCACAGUACCAGAGUCUGCUCUAGUUCGUUAUGCCGGUAUUGGAAUUGCCAUGGCCAUGAUGGGUUACGCCUGCUUCUGGGUGUCCAUUGCAUUUUUAGCCAUCCUCACUGACCCUCCAAAAUCGUUCAACCCUGGAUGGUGGGGUCUUACUUUCCCUCUCGGAACAUUUGUUCUUGGGUGGUACCGACUGGCUGAUGAGACUGGCCUCUUAGCAUUUAAGGUACUAGGCGCUAUAUUUGGAGGCAUUGAAGUGCUUCUCGCUCUUACCUGUACCAUUCAAUCCAUAAACCAUGCCGUUAUCCACGACACCCUCUUCCGAGCACCUACUGUAGCACCAGCACCUAAUUCACAAACUGUCGACAAAGAGACGGUUUAG